AUAACAACAACAAAUAAAUUGACCGAAUCAAAAUUAGAUUGGUUAACUAAACUGUCUGUGAUAGGUUAGCUAUCUUUAUCAACAUGAAUUUUUUUAAUUGUGAAAGGACCGAUGAAUGUUCAUAAAGCUAUGUAAUGUAAAUUAUUUGCCGUAAUUGUGUUUAUUUAGUAAGAUAACACGUUUAUUUUAUCUCUAAAAUAUGAAAGUCAGCAGACCAGUAUUCUUAAAGCCGGGAGAAUCAGCUGGAUGGGAAGAAGACAAGUCGGAUAUAGAAGCUUUGUCAGGAACAAAAUUCAUAUACAAUCCCAACAUUUCCCUAGCAUUAGAACAGCAGCGUCAAAAACUUCCAAUAAAUCGCAAUAGAAACCACUUGCUAUAUUUGCUUGAGGAAUACCAAACUUUAGUUUUAGUUGGAGAAACAGGAUGUGGCAAAAGCACUCAGAUUCCUCAGUACCUGGUGGAGGCGGGAUGGUGUGGAGAUGGGAGGAUGGUAGGGGUUACAGAGCCGAGACGAGUGGCAGCUACAACUCUUGCUACCCGAGUGGCAGACGAGACAGGCACAGUGCUCGGACAGACUGUCGGCUACUGCAUACGCUUUGAUGACUGUAGCCAACCAGGAGUGACUAAGAUCAAGUAUAUGACAGAAGGGAUUCUGUUGCGUGAGAUGAUGGCAGACCCCUUGUUGAGGCAAUAUUCUGUCAUAAUGUUAGAUGAAGUUCAUGAGAGAACUACGUCAACAGACAUCCUCAUGGGUCUUCUGAAGAAAAUUUUAAGGAAACAAAAGAAGUUGAGAGUCAUUGUCACCUCAGCAACAAUGGAUGCAGAGCAUUUGUGCAGCUUCUUCAACCAUAGUUCGGACAAAAACAAGAAAACAGCUGUCAUAAUGAGUGUGGAAGGUCGUCUGUAUCCAGUGCAAAUCCACUAUUUGAAAGAGCCAGUACCGGACUAUGUGAGAGCCGCUGUGGACACUGUGGUGAAGAUCCAUGUGUCAGAGGCUGGAGGGGAUGUGCUGUGUUUCCUGACAGGACAAGAGGAGGUUGACCGUGCAGUGGCUCUGCUGAGAGAACAUGCAGCCUCCAGCCCACGCAGAGACUUAGAACUGCUGAUUCUCCCUAUGUACGGAUCUCUACCAAACGCAGACCAGUUGAAAGUUUUCCAACACACAGCCAGAACUCAGCGUAAAGUUGUUGUGUCAACCAACAUUGCUGAGACAUCUGUUACUAUUCCAGGAAUUGUUUAUGUGGUGGACUGUGGAUUUGUGAAAAUGCGAUGGUACGACCCACACACAUGUUGUGACAGUCUAGUGACAGUACCAGUGUCACAGGCGUCAGCUGAACAGAGGGCCGGCCGGGCUGGUCGUGUGCGACCUGGCAAAGUUUACAGGUUGUACUGUGAGAAGGACUACGACACACUUCCCACCACCACACCACCGGAGAUGCAGAGAAUGGAUCUGUCAAGUGCAGUUCUGCAGUUGAAGGCGCUGGGGAUUGAUAAUGUUGUGAGGUUCCCUUUCCCGUCGCCUCCGCCUGCACGACACCUGGCCGCAGCCUAUCAGCUGCUGCACGCUCUGGGGGCCAUUGAUGACAACGGUGCUCUAUCUCAACCCCUCGGCACCAACAUGGCGGAGCUGCCUCUCCCUCCACUCCAUGCUAAGGUUCUGCUCGCCUCCGGAGAGUUUGGCUGUUCAGAGGAGGCUGCCAGUGUACUUGCCUUGCUGCAGGUCCAGAGUGUGUUCACUAGACCAGCAGGUGGAGCUGCCAGUGUGAAGGCUAGAGUAGAGAGGCGCAAGUUUGAGGUAGAAGAAGGAGACUUGCUGACUCUCCUGAACGUUUACACUGCGUACAAACGAGAGGUGGCACGUUCAGACAAGUCCAGUAGAGAAUGGUGUCACAAACACUUUGUCAACCACAAGGCCAUGAAGAGAGUGUCGGAGAUACGAUCUCAGAUGCUCAAACUCUGUGAGAAACUCGGAGUACCAAUAAUAUCUGCUGCAGGGGACAGCAGUAAGGUGAGGCGAUGUUUCACUGCAGGUUUCUUCCCCAACACUGCCUACCUGCAUCACUCCGGAGUGUACAAGACUGUGAGAGGAGACGUGGUGUUGCACGUUCAUCCGACGUCCGUACUGUACACUCUGGAGCAACCUCAGUGGUUGCUGUUCUGUGAGGUUGUGCAGACUGACAGGAGCUACAUGAGAGAACUGACUGUGAUCCAACCUGAAUGGCUAGAGGAACUAGCACCACAUUUCUACCAUAAAACCUUUGAAUAAAAUGUUUAUGUUUUAUAA